AUGUCCGCGAAGUACCCGAAACCGAUCGUCGUGGACGCACCCGAGGGCGGCAACGCGACCGCGGCGUGCAUCUUCCUGCACGGCCUGGGCGACACCGGGCACGGCUGGGCGGACGUCGCGUCGCAGAUGCCGUUCGAGGGAGUGAAGUGGAUCUUCCCCACCGCGCCCACCAUCCCGAUCACGCUCAACGGCGGCGUGAGGAUGACGGGGUGGUACGACAUCAACGACCUCUCGGUCGAGGGCAUCGUGGACGACCGCGAGGAGACGCUCGCGUCCGCGAAGUAUAUCGACUCGAUCGUCGACGGCGUCGUCGCGGAGGGGAUCGACCCGUCGCGAAUCAUCGUCGGCGGAUUCUCCCAGGGCGGCGUCGUCGCGUUGACGGCGGCGCUGCGCAGCGACAAGAAGCUCGCCGGCUGCGCGGCGCUGAGCACUUACCUCGCGAUGCGAGACGACUACCCCGCCGCGCUGGGUCCGCACGCGAAGUCGCUGCCCGUGUUCCUCGCGCACGGCACCGCGGACCAGGUGCUCCGGUACGAAUACGGGACGCUCACGAACGAGAAGCUCGGCGCGUUGGGCGUGAGCGUGGACUUCAAGACGUACCGGGGGAUGGGGCACAGCGCGUGUCAGGAGGAGUUUCAAGCGCUCGCGACGUUCAUCGCGUCGUGCUUGAAGUGA